CGUAUUUACUACCAGAACCUAUCCGAUAUUUCCACAAUGAAUUUUGUUGACAGUUCUUUACAAUAAUGUAGAAUUCACCGGCGACCAGCAAUGAAGAAGCUUGAGACUGCUUUCAUCUAUACCACCAUUAUUUUGAGCGUUGUCGAGGAAAGUCUUUCAUUUGGAAGCCAGUUGGUCAUCCAAAGGGAAGUCAGCAAGAGGUCUGCUCUUUUUCAGAAGGUGAAAGAUGGUGAAGUUUUAGAGGGCCACGUUAUAGCAAACUACUCCGUUCCCUCUGAGCUGGACUGUUUGCAUAGAUGUGUGUCACGUGGCAAUUGCGUUUCAUUCAAUUAUCAGCGGUUGAGUUUCGAAUCAUCACGUCAUAGUUGUGAGCUCAAUGACGUCACUCUGCUGUCUUCCGGUGAGAAACUCGUGAGACGAAAUGGAUACUCGUAUAAAGAGCCAAUCCUCUUGCCUUACGACGGAGAUAAAAACGAGACAAUUGGCGGAGGAGACCUUCAUUUAACGAUGACAUCUCCAAUUAAAGGUUAG